AAUGGAAUCAUACACUAAAUUGUCUACAAUAUCAUACAUGUCUUAUACAGUCCAGUACAGUACCUGAGGAGGAGGUAGGUUAUAGAGCCAAACACAAAUACACUCGCCCUUUUUUCAAGGGUUUCCCAUUUACUUUCUCUCAUAUUGCACUUAUCCUUUUACCCCUUUUGGUACCCUAAAACACAGAGCUUUUCUCUCAGAGAGUUUUGUCUACCUCUGAUCAAACCAAGACUAGGGGAGAUAGAAAGAAAGAAAGAUAGAUAGAUCAGAAAAGGGUGGUGGGUAGUUGGGUUUUAAUUUUUGGAAAUGGGGAGAGGAAGAGUUGAGCUCAAGAGAAUAGAGAAUAAAAUCAACAGGCAAGUCACUUUUGCCAAGAGAAGAAAUGGCCUGCUCAAGAAAGCUUAUGAGCUCUCAGUUCUCUGUGAUGCUGAGGUUGCCCUCAUUAUUUUCUCUGGCCGUGGAAAGCUCUAUGAGUUCUGCAGCAGCUUAAGCAUGAUGAAAACGCUGGAAAAGUACCAUAGGUGCAAUUAUGGUGCCCUCGAAGCCAACCAACCUGUAAACGAGACUCAGAACAGUUAUCAGGAAUAUUUGAAGCUUAAAGCAAGAGUGGAGGUCCUCCAACGAUCUCAGAGAAACCUUCUUGGGGAAGAUUUGGGCCCACUGAACACGAAGGAGCUUGAGCAGCUUGAGCAUCAACUAGAGUCAUCCCUGAAGCAUAUUAGGUCAACAAAGACUCAGUUUAUGCUGGAUGAGCUUUCUGAUCUCCAAAACAGGGAACAAAUGCUUGUUGAAACUAAUAAAUCCUUAAGGAGGAAGCUGGAAGAAACUAAUCUGCAAGGUGCUCCACUUCGUCUGGCAUGGGACGGUGGCUAUGGCCAGAACAACAUUCAUCAGCACAACAACCGUCUUCCUCCCCAGUCGCAAGGUUUGUUUCAGCCACUGCAAGGAAACAACACCUCCGCUUUGCAAAUCGGAUACACUCCGCUGAGCUCAGAUCAUCAUCACCAGAUGAAUGCAGGAAAUCCAGGCCAAAAUGUCAAUGGAUUCAUUCCUGGGUGGAUGCUUUGACAACUUUGGAAGUAUGGAUUGCCAAUAAAGAUGUGCAUGGCGAAUAAGAUAUGGAAUGUGUUGCGUCAUCUUCUUCAAGAAGCAUUCCAAGUACUUGUGCUAUGCAAUUUAACUGUAAUUAUGCUUGAAACGAUAAGUGCUUAGUAGUAUUUAUCUAUAUAUAUAUGUAUGUAUUGAUUUUGUAUUGACAUUGUUAAAGACCAUUUUUAUGGAUUUCGUAUUGUAAAAGCGGUAAAGGCAAUGCUGUAUUAUAAAACUGGAUCCAGCUUUUCCA